AUGGUAACGUGGGCGCUGAAGUAUUUUGUUCGCGUAGUCCGAUGGUCGACAGAAGCAUUCCUAAUUUGGCCCACACGGCCACUUUUUGACUAUGCCACCUCAUUGCAUUGUGUUCCCAUAAGCGGCACAUUUAUUACUUCGGUUCUGCUCUGCUUCUACGGGUUCCCACUUUUCUGGUCUACCGCCAUGGUUGCUGUCGGGUUUAUCAUCUCCGGUGUGUUAUUUCUUGUGAGCCCUCUUCCACUAUUGAAACCCAUUGGCGGUCGCUAUAGCGUGGGCCUUGUGCAUAUGAACGGCUGCCGUUCCCAAUCCAUACCACCAGUAGCUGUGUUUUAUCCUACUAAUAUGGUCCCAGAGAAAAAGGGACUACCGUAUGUCCCGUUUGGAGAUGACCGUUUUCUUCGGGGCGUGGCGGCGUAUGCAAACGUGCCAUUUUUCUUCAUAAGGGAUUUCUCCUUUGUUCGCAUCAGUGCGUCCCGAAACGCGGUGCCCGCCGCUUUGCUCAACCAAUAUGAGAGAGUGCCACCUAUUGUUGUGUUCAGUCACGGUCUUGCCGGAUACCAUUUGUUCUACAGUUGCUUUGCGUUGGAUCUUGCGGCGCGGGGUGCAAUCGUGAUUUGUCUUGGCCAUUGCGACAAUAGUGCUUCUUUCAUGCGUGACAGUAGCGGUAAGGAAAGUGAAGUUCCGCUCAAGGACUAUGGAUGGGAGGUACCCGCACGUGAAGCCCAAGUUGCACAAAGGGUAAGCGAGGUGAGGGGAACACUUCAACGCCUAACGGAAAAGGACUUUUGGACAACUUUGGGCUACAUUAAUUCAGAUAUUGACAAGUUUCUUAGCAAACCGUUGCAGGUACAUCUUGCGGGUCAUUCAUUUGGCGGUGCCACUGUACUCGCGGCUGCAUUAGAAGAGAACCAAAAUCCCGUGAAGGGAGUCAGCGUAAAGAGCGUGUAUACGUUUGACCCAUGGAUGGUACCAAUACAAAAUGAACAUUUUUGCAACCCGCUUUCUGAUGGCCGUAAAUCCUAUACUGUUCCAACGGUUACUGUGCAUUCAGACGACUGGGUAAAAGAUUCUGAGAGUUGGGAAUUCUUUAAAAGGAUGAAAGCGCUGGUGUUAGAACAAUCUGCAUAUGCUUCGCUCAAUGAAGUGGAGAAACAAGCGCUCUUUGGUAUUGUGGUCACGAAGAAUACGAACCACCUUUCUCUUGUAGAUGUCUCUGUACUCAGUCCCGUCAUGCAUGGAAAUAUCUGGGCCACAGUGUCACCGCGAGUACAAAUUAUGGAGUGGUGUAAUGCACUUCUUCGCUUCGCAAAGCAAAAUACCGAAGUGUGUUCAACGUGUUAG